GACUUUAGUCUUAUCUGCACGUGACUGGCUUAUCGGUCGCGAAAAUUCUGGUGGGGCCAAACUUUUUCGAGUAUCGAGAAGAUCGUUCUCCGUCUUCCUCGUCAACACUACUUCCUCAAUACCGCUUCCUUAAGACCACAACCUCGUCCCUACUGCCAAUUCUCAUAGAAAGGAUAGGAAACCCAGAGGUUAGGGCGUAGACCUCGUCCCCGAGUCACCACAAUGGCGAUCCAAAAAAAGCAUGGCAAAGGGCGUCUCGACAAGUGGUACCGUCUUGCCAAGGAGAAGGGCCUAAGGGCUAGAGCAGCUUUCAAACUCAUUCAACUCAAUAAGAAGUUUGGCUUCCUCGAGCAGAGCAAGGUUGUCAUUGACCUUUGCGCCGCGCCGGGUUCUUGGUUGCAAGUUUGCCGAGAGACUUGCCCGACCGGCGCGAUUUUGAUUGGGUGCGAUCUCGACUAUAUCAAGCCGAUUCCAGGAGUUUUGAGCUUCCAAAGCGACAUAACGUCAUCUGAGUGUCGAAACACUCUAAGGCAGCACUUGAAGACAUGGAAGGCUGAUGCUGUGUUGCACGAUGGAGCUCCUAAUGUUGGAACAGCCUGGGUUCAGGAUUCUUUUAACCAAGUUGAGCUCGCUUUGCAAUCAUUGAAAUUGGCGACGGAAUUCCUUAGGGCCGGUGGAGUGUUUGUAUCGAAGGUGUUCCGUUCCAAAGAAUAUAACAGCUUUCUUUGGGUGCUAAACCAACUCUUCACCAAGGUUGAUGCAACUUCGCCACCAGCGAGUAGGCAGGUCAGCGCAGAAAUCUUUGUCGUGUGCCGAGGGUAUAAAUGUCCAAAGAAAUUGGACCCGCGACUUCUCGACCCUAAAUACGUAUUUGCGGAAUUCCAGGAUCCAACCCCCAACAAUGAGGCCAAGGUCUACAAUCCUGAAGUCAAAAAGCGCAAGCGAGAUGGUUACGAGGAGGGCGACUUCACACAGUUCAAGGAGAUGGCGGCUUCAGAAUUCAUACAAACAACAGACCCAAUCGCUGUACUAGGCUCCUACAACCGACUCUCCUUCAAGCAGCCACCCAAUGGAGAUGUUGCCCUGGCUGCUCUUGACAAACUUCCCGAGACUACAGACGAAAUCCGAAACUGCUGUUCAGAUCUACGAGUGCUGGGACGAAAAGACUUUAAAAUUCUGCUCAAGUGGCGGUUAAAAAUGAGGGACAUCUUCCAACUCAAAACCCCACAGGCCGCAACGGUGGAGGAAUCCGAGGAGGUGGCUGAAGUUGAGUCAAUGGAUGAAGAACUCAAGAUCCAGGAAGAACUCCAAAACAUGAAGGACCGAGAAAACACUAAACGAAAACGAGAGAAGCGAAAGGAAAAUGAGCGGAAACAACGCGAGGUAGUGCGCAUGCAACUCAACAUGAGUACGCCUUUCGACAUCGGUCUAGAAGAAAGCGGACCAAUUGGCGAGGGGGCAAUGUUUUCACUCAAGAAAGUCGACAAAACAGACGCCAUGCGAAAAUUGAAUCGUGGCAAGAUGGUUGUUCCCACCCAAGCGACCCAGAAAGAGGCCGACAGUGGCUUUGGCUCAUCAGGAGAGACAGACGAUGAGAGUGACCCUGAAGAGGAUCGCCUGGAACGAGAGCUCGAGUCCAUGUACGACCAGUAUAAGGAGCGCAAGGCUGAGGUUGACGCGAAGUACCGAGCGAAAAAGGCUCGUAAGAAUUUUGGUGAUGAUGAGUGGGAUGGCCUGUCUGGCGAGGAAGCGGAUGAGAAAGAUGACUCUUCGGAGCUUGAGGAGGACGAUUCCUCUUCUGACGAAGAAGACGAAGCUCCUACAGAAGGACUCAUCCGCGAUCUGGAUUCUUCAAAGGGAGCGAACGGCUUAUCGAAGCGAGCAACAGCUUUUUUCAACCAAGACAUCUUCUCAGGCAUAAGCGGAAUCUUACCUGAGCAGGAAGAUGCUGCUGAGGACAGUGCGGACGAAGAAGUCAACCGAGAUGCAGCAGCCAUUGUGGCUCAACAAGCGAAGAAUCGCAAAGCUGAGGCUCUCACCAAGCGUACAAAGACAGAAGCGGCCGGCAUUGACUCUGAUUCCCAGAUGGAAGACAACGAGGAUGGUUUCGAGGUUGUCAAGCGAAAUGAAGAUGAUGAUUGGGACAAGGACACCCGAAGAGCCGAUGGAAGACCCGAUAUCGAUAUCAUCACGGCUGAGGCCAUGUCCCUCGCACAUCAACUAGCGACUGGCCAAAAGAGCACGUAUGAUGCUAUUGAUGACGGCUACAACAAGUACGCCUUCCGUGACCGCGAUGGUCUGCCAGAUUGGUUCGUCGAGGAUGAAUCACGACAUGACAAGCUUCAGAAACCCAUCAGCAAGGCUGCUGCGCAAGCGAUUAAGGAGAAGAUGCGAGCUUUCAAUGCUCGCCCCAUCAAGAAGGUGCGCGAGGCCAAGGCUCGCAAGAAAUUCAAGGCCGCGCAGAAGCUGGAGAAGCUCAAGAAGAAGUCAGAGUUACUCAACAACGACGAAAACAUGACAGAGAAGGAGAAGGCUGAUAGCAUCUCACGCCUUAUCUCGAAAGCAGCAAAGAAACCCAAGAAGCAACAGGCCAAGCUCGUUGUCGCCCGCGGUCUCAACCGGGGCAUCAAGGGCCGUCCUAAGGGAGUUAAGGGUAGAUAUCGUAUCGUUGAUCCGCGCAUGAAGAAGGAAUUGCGAGCGCAGAAGAGGAUUUCCAACAAGAAGAAAUAAUCAUAGGUGGCAAGGGGUUGAGGCGUGGAUAUAGAUCUGGUGUUUUGGUUUUAUGCUGUGUGGGGCGGGUUUCUAGACUACUUUCUAUUUCCCAGGCUUAUGUCACGAACAAAAGUCGAUGUAGGAUAAAGUGGACCUGUAAAGUCCAAGUCGUACCUAGUUUAGGGAUUCUGAUUAGCAUUGCAGGGGUAAUCAAAAGCAUGUGGUUUGGUACCAGUAA